AUGGGAGAAGAUGUUCAAGAUGUGAAUCAGAGAAGAGCUGCGCGAAUGCGUGGUGCUGAGCGGUAUAAAGUUAAAGAUGUUGAGUUUUCUAUUGAUCCAAACCUUUUGACAGAGAUGAAUUCCUCCCCUUCAAAUUCUGAGCAUCGUAGUCUCUCUUCCACUUCUCCUGGUGGUAAAAAUAAGAAUACAUUGAAUGGAGCAGCCACUGGUGACACCCAGGCAGUGAAUGGAGUAGAUGAUUCCCAACAAGCACAUCAAGAUAUAGCAUCGUUGCUUCCAAAAAAACCUCAGGGACGUCCCGAACCAGCUUCCUCGUCAAAGCGAGAAAAACGAGGACGGCCUCGAAAAGAUCAGACUCCAAAUACGUCCGCUAGAAAAAGUGAUAUAGCUACAACCAAGCGACAGCCUUAUGCAAAGACAGAGAGUGCUAAAAAACGUUCCAAGCAAGAGGCUGCUCGGAAAUUGUAUGAACCCUUCAUUCAGCCUUAUCGUCCCAAUGAAAAAUCACCGAGUAACCAGCAGGAAAACGAGAAAUCCCUUUUAUUAGAACAACAGCAAUCUGAACAAAACUAUGAAGCUGUGCAUGCAGACUCAAGCAUCAGAGCCUUCGUGAGUUCAGAGGCUCCUCAAGAACGUAUCCCCUCCCCAAUAUCAUCUUCCGUUCAUAAUAUCCAUGAUAAAGACAUAGGAAGAGAAGAUUUACCCAAAAAUGUGCCUCCUGUUAACUUACCAAUAAAAACAACUUCGGCUUUUAAGGAGCUCUCACCACCGCAAGGAACGGAUGAAUUGGUGAGCAUUGAACUGACGAAACUAUCCAAGAACGCGAAUGGGAAAAAGAAACUGAAUAGUUUUGACGUAAUACAACAGCUAUUUCAGGAACUGCUUGCAGAGAUUGAACCAGGAGAUCCAUAUCUUUUGAAGGUGAAAAAUGCUUUUGGUGAGCAUGUCUCCGUAAGGCUUUUGGAAUUCAUUGAUUUGUUGGACGUAAACCAAGCUCUAUAUUCAGCUUCUAGAAAGGCAGCGAAAGAAAAAUUUGCUUUACAACAGGAGCUGUCCAACGUUCGACAGGAAAGACUUGCUCUUCAGAAUAAAAAGAAGAAUUUGCGAUUAAGUUAUCGAGAAACCUCUGAUACUUCCCAAAAAUUAGAGAAUUUGGAUGAAUUCUUAAUAGAAUGUGAAUCCCUCAAGCGAUUGCUAGAUACUGAUGAUAUCGAUUCCUCUGAGGAUGCAGAGAUUUACUCAUUGAACGAGUUUUCGAACGCCCUAUGUGGUGAAAGGGGCAUCUACGAGCAAUUACAGGAGUUUAAACAGUUGCUCGAUACUGUAUUUCGAGGGCUUUCGAUUUAA